UAAGCACAGACGUUUUUGAGCCACAGACGUCAACCGGAAGUUUAUGUUCUUGCUUUUAGCACGUUUUCAUGCCCGACCAAUGAAUUACAAAGCUUUCAUUUGAACAUUUACAACUUGACAUUUUCAAUGAAAAGGGAGUAAUACGCGUCGAAGAGGAAAAAUUUCGACCUCCGGUUGACGUCCGUGGCUCAGCCAAAAAUGUCUGUACUUAAGCUCUCCAUAUUGUAAUUCAGGCCAAGGUGAAGGUUACCUCGGCUUUAGGCUGUGAAGAGCUUUACCCUUGUAAAAUCUCUGCCUAGGUAAUUGACAGAAUAGAGUGCUUAAAUAAAAUAUCCAAAAGCUGCCAGCCCUUGAGCGUUAAGACAGGAUAAAAUACCAAGGAUAAAGGCAUAUGCUAAAGAAGAAACAAAAAUUGCGCGGAAGCUGCGCGAGAAAACCCACCCAAGGGAUGACAGUCUGAACGUAGACAUCCUUUCAGGCUACCAUGGGAACAGGGAAACGACAGAGGCGCUAGGGAGGACUUGUGACAAGACAAACUGGAGCAACAGCACCAUAACUCCAAAAUGAUAGCACAAGUUACAAGAACAGGUGUGCGAACUGAGAAUGACAACAGCUAUUGACCCUUAACAUACUGAUCAGAAAUACUCAAACGUCACAACCAAAAUUCCUUUGGACUUCUUCAUUUUAUCCACCACUUGUUGGUGUUGACUGAUGCUCAUUGUAACGUCACUUUACAGACAAACUAGGUCUAACUUAGCCUUGUUCGCUUGCAUAAUUGGUCCCGCAAGCUCUGCUAAUAAGUCGGAAGAAAUUGUUUACAGUGUCACUGAGAUCUAAAUGAAAUGAGGUUUCAACUCUUGCCGCGCACAACUUUCGAUAGAGGGAUUGUCCUAGCCUUUUAGUUUUGAAGGCGCACUUCUCGAAACAUUUUACCAUCCUUAAAACCUCGCCCUCAACGCGGUGUAAUGUCAUACGCCAAUAAAGUUGCUUAAUGAUCUCCUUGCUCCGAGGGAAUUUUCUUCCGGGUACUAUUUGCGGUUUUCCCAGUUCCCUCCACAACCGGCACUUUGCCGCCGCAAAAGUGCGAGUACUUAAUUUGAUGUUACACAACAAAAAUAACUUGUUUACUUGUUACCAUAGGAACUAAGUAUCUAAAUCGAGGCAGAGAAGUUCCAAAAAAAAUAUUCAAUAUUGUUUCCCUGAAUUAUUUUUAAAAGUAUCGACUUUAUAAGGCCUAUGUUUUGUUAUCUUAUUUUAAGCGCCGUCCGUCGAACUUGUUUUUAAGUUACCCAGGAUUAUCGUUUUUGAAUAUCCUUAAAUUUGCAAGCUUUUGUUUUCAAAUAUUUAUCAGAAGGGGAUUACCUCACCUUGCCAAUCGCAAUUGUAUUUUCCUUUCUAUAAACGCCGUUAUUUUGCGUCACGGGUCAGUUUGUUUUGUCUAUCUUAACUUUUACGCAAAUCAACAUGAUUUAUAUUUUAGCGAAGCGCGGUGGAGAACGAUGGUCAGGUUUUAAAGAGUUUCUUUUCGAAAAUUCACUGCGUCGAGCGUUUUCUUCACUGCUUAAGAGUGUGUCUACACGGGUCAUGACUUCAACGCGGAAAAAUCAUUAGUCAUACGAAAAGCUCGCGGCAUCUUUUAGCUCACAAAUAUCUCGCUCUAAUGAAAACCAUUUGGUUCAAUGCAUCACAACAACGACUCGACAGGUGUUAAGCUCACGCUCUGUGAAUCUGUUUAUUUAGACUGGCGGGAAAUGGUGUCUCUUGUUUUGAAAUCAUCUGCAUCAGCGGGCAAGCACUAGUGUGCCUUGUAGCCUACGCGCUUGAUUACCACCGCGUUAAGAUCUCCAUACCACAAGUCUUUCGUAAUGGUGUUCCGUGUGCUCGUUGAAGUCGACAAAAAGGGUCACUGCUUUGCUAAGACACUGAAACAGUCUCCUCCAUGCCUGGAUUUCUCGUCUGACCUCUGCCGUGCAGUGCUACGAAUUCAUGCUAACACAGCCUUUUUGUGUUCGGGCUCCUUUAGUACUGUCCUUCAGAUGGUGAGGUUGUUUUUGUUUCGUCUGGGCUCACUACUCGGUUUAUUCGCUUUGCUUGUCUGGGAAGCAUUUUACAGACCAAACGGAGACAACUUCGCAGGAAAUAAUUUCAAGCGCCACAAUGCAUACAGUUUCUCGGAAAAUAUUUGGAAGAGCGAUGACGAGACACAAGAGCUACGGAAAAAGAAUCUUAUUGACUACUGCCAUAAACGAGACCCAAAAGAGCUUUUACCCCCACACACAAGCAAUGAAAUCCCCGCUUAUUACUUCAGGAACAUUAUAGUAAGUGACCGCCAUAAACUGUUGUACUGUUACAUUCCCAAGGUAGCAUGCUCGAACUGGAAACGAGUGCUCAUGGUUAUGAACGGUGACGCUGCUGACCCGUGGAACAUCAAGACCGCAGACGUACACAAUCGUAGUUUGGGAUAUUUUCGUUACUUGAGCCAGUACUCUCCCGAAGAGAUCGUACACAGACUUAGCACUUAUUACAAGUUUCUGUUCGUGCGACACCCGUUUGAGCGACUUGUAUCAGCGUACAGAAACAAGUUUAUAGACUCGUAUAAUUUGACGCUCUUCAAAGAGAUGUACGGAAGGCGCAUUAUAAGAAAAUACCGCCAUAACCCGGACGUUAAGUCCUUAGAGACAGGAGAAGGUGUGAGUUUCUCAGAGUUCGUGGAGUUUAUUAACAAUUCUGAGCCAGAUCUUAUGGACUGGCAUUGGAAACUUUACGACAUGUUAUGUCACCCUUGCUUAAUAUACUAUGAUUUUAUAGGAAAGUUUGAGAAUUUAUACACAGAAGCUGACCAACUGCUCCGCAUUCUUCAAGUGAGCGAGGACGUGCAGUUUCCACAGAACAAGAGUUCGCGGUACCGGCUUCCCACAAAAGUCAUAGCAAAGGAGUAUUUCAAAUCGCUGUCUCCACAAGCGAAAGAACAACUAUACAACAAGUAUACGCACGAUUUUGAGAUGUUUGGCUAUUCGAUGAAAGACUACUUAUAAACAAUUGAGAAAAGUGUUUUAAUCUUCAUACAGUGCCUACUAAAAAGCAAAGUCGAUAUUGGUAAAUUAAUUUAGGACUUCAGCAGAUGCUUCUUCGCCAAUAGCCAGCAACGUGGAAAAGCACGUGAAGACCGCGUGACUGACGAUUCCAGUUCUUCGCCACUAGCCAGCCACGUAGAAAGCACGUGAAGACCGCGUGACUGACGAUUUCAGUUCUUCGCCACUAGCCAGCCACGUGGAAAGCACGUCAAGACCGCGUGACUGACGAUUCCUUCUUCGCCACUAACUAGCCACAUGGAAAGCACGUGUAGAUCGCGUGACUGACGAUUGCAUUCCACGAAGUCAUGUGAUGGUCACAUGGCUGAGUUUAAUUCCACGAGGCAACGAACCACUGAAGGAUAUAUAGAGAGGUUAAAUUGACCCCGACCACGAUGUGAAGAUUUCUGCUUGACUUCAACCUUCGGCACAGUUCUCACAGAACAAGAAAGUGUUUCACACGCCCUCACCUUUGCGGUAAAAGGUAAAGUUCAAAAUUCCAACAAAAAGAAUCUGUCUUGUUGCUCAAUUUUUAUAACCUACUUACGAUGUACCAGUCGAGACAACUAUAACCGAGCAAAAUAACAGACAGAAAACGUUGAUCGAACGUAAGUUGCUUGUAUGACGUCGACUUUCCAAGACUGGGGAGACGUUACAAUAAACGCGAGUGACCUUUUUACCCAGAAAACAUGUUUUACAAACAGAAAAUGACUGACAAAUGAAGAUGUACAAAGGACAGACAAAUUAUUUGAACGACUGGCAACAAAAAGAUACGAUGUUGAGUGUGACUGAGACGACUAACCUGAUGCCUAAGUUGUAAACUUUGCUUAACGUACGUGACAUUUGACUCAGUGGCUACUGAACUAAUGCAGUCAAACACUAAUAAACAAUACAAAAUGAUGCAAAGCAAACACAAACAUGGUACAGUAGUGUCGGCAAUCCUUGAUUGCAAAUUUGUUGGCAUUGUUUACUUGCAACUUUUUGGUCUAACCAAGCAUAACCUGAAAACAAACUUCUUGUUUUCUGAAUAGUUCGUGAGGUAGGUAAUGUGUGUUGUUCUUCUCUCCGUUCUUGGUACUCAGGGCAAAGAGGUUUUUAUUACGAAUUAUGAUUGGGCCGUUACUGCAGCGGACCAAUCACCAAUAAGAUAAGAUUACUUUGGCAUUGAUAUCGCGACAGCCAUCAGAAAACCUCUGUUCCAAGCUCGACAAAAGUUCAACCUAAUUACAAUUCAAAAAUGACGCAACUAAGAUGAGUCUGAUAAGCAAUCUGAUGACGCGCCAGACUCUAACAUAGAUCUUUAAGAUUGACUGUAAACGACUCCGAGCUGCUCUCCACCAAGAAUCUUGCUAUGUUUAAAAUACUGACAAUAAGAAUAUAACAAUACAGUUUUGUUAUUUUAAUGAUUAUUGUUAUGAUCAGGCGACAAACUGAGUAUUGAAGACAGCUAUACAGUUAUUAAGCACCGUAUAUACAUUUUACCGAACAAUACUUAACUGAUAUGAAACUUUAACCGGGUUCAAAACACGACAUGACAAACAAGAUAAACUGAUGCCAAACAGGACAGAACUGGUUUCAAAGAGGAUUAACCUGGUGACAAACAAAUUACGUAGUGACGUAUAAAGUAAACCUGAUGACAAAGAGGAAAAACCUGUUGACAAAUAAGAUACAGCUGACAAGAAAAUGAAUACAACUAAUGAAAAACAAGAUAAACCGAUGACAAACACGAUUAACUUGGUGACUAACGUUAACGAGAUACCAGGUACACUACUUGACAAGAAACAAGACAAACAUGAUACAUUUGGGGACAAACAAGACAAACAUGGCGACGACAGAAAGCCGGGUAAACAAGGUACGCUUGAUAACUCGAUGACAAACAAGACAACCCUGAUGACAAGCAGGAUAAACCUGACAACAAACAAAAUUAACCUGAUGACAGACAGAAUAAAACUAACAACGACCAAAACUAAGCUUGCUGAAAAAAGCAACCUAAUAAAAGCGAGACAAUUGUGAUGCCAAGCAGGAAAGAUGUGAUGAUCGAGAAAAAAAGUUGGAUAAACCAGAUGACAAACACAAUAAACCUGAGAACAAACAAAAGUAAUGGCAAUCAAAACAAACGUAAUUACAAAAAGAAGCUGAUUAAAACAGGAUCAGCCUGAGGUCAAACAAGGUAAACCUGAUCACACAGAGGAUAAACCUGUUGACAGACAAGAUACACUUGAUCACAAACCGGGUACACCAUGACAAGAAACACAAUCAACAGGAUGACAAACAGGAUAUAUCUGGUGACAGAUAAGACAAAUCUGAUAGCAGAAAGGAUAAAUAUAAUGAGGAACAAGCUUCACCUGAUAUCAAAGGGUAGGAUACACCCAAUGAAAACAAGCUUCAUCUGGUAACAUGAUGACAAACAGGAUAAUCUUGAAGACAAACAAGGUACACAAUCAACCUAAACAUAAUGACUCUUGACAGACGAACGCUAGUGACAAACAGGAUAAACAUGCUAACUAACAAGAUACACCCGACGGCAAACAGGAUCAACCGGUUGACUACCAAGAUACAUCUGUUAAAGGUGCACCUGAACACAAACUGGAUAAAUCUAAUGUAAAUGUAAAUCUUAUUUAUAGAGGUCAAGCACUUAGCUAUUCCAGCACUAAGCUUAGGUAGUUUACAGGCAUGCCACUGAAACAAAGGAAACAAAUUUUUCAUACAAACGAAA